ACGCGCCCUCACGAGACACGAUCCACGUGGUGUACGCACAGAAGCAAACGACAUCAUUCCCGCUCUCUCGUCUCUCUCGUCUGCUACUGUUAGAAAACCGGCGCCUUCUCAAGAUGGCCACACUCGCCCUAGUCUCACUGUGUGUAAUUAUUGGCGUGAUUUCAGCCCAACAACCAGCACCAUGUGCCACCCCCGUCCAGUUGGCCAUGAGGGCCUCACAGUACAACCACGAAGAUGACGUCAUGAAUCGGUUUUUCAUCGCCUACGACGCCGUCAACAAGAGAAAAGUUAUUUUUGAAGAAGAAAACGUGUUGAUGCCUGGAAGACAACUGCACGAAUUUCUCAUUCUCAACAACGUCAACAUCGAGUACGACUUUAACAUGAAGACCAAGGAGUGCCGGAAGUCGAUCCCGCGACCUUGGAGGCCAUUUGGCAUCCCUAGCAACGCGACCUUCGAGGACGAGUUCUACAUCGGCGGCCCGGGGGAGGAGGUCUUUGCUCAAGACUGGAGCGACCGAGUUCCCUAUUCCAGACGUGAGAUGUGGAUCGGUACAUUCAGUCUGAAGCACUGCUACCCAAUCAGAGAGGUCCUGGUGGCGGGGGAGCAGGUGAACACCUCCAUAACCACAAACUUCCACGAUAUUGUUGAUGGUAUCCCCAAUCCGGGCGACUUUAUACCGCCACCCGAGUGCGAACAAGCCAAGUGGGGCAUUUCCACCAGAACGUAUCCUUGGUAACCAUGGACACGGUUAUUAAAUUUAGUGUUUUUCAAGGCGUAUUUAUUUAUUAAGUUUUACAAAUAUGUGGCAUUAAGUGUAUUUAGUUUUAAUAAACAUGAAGAAACUACAAAACUACUGCCUACGCAACACGCAUAGUCUUGAUUGAAUGUUUUGUUUAGCUUGUUUUAGUAAAAGCGUGGAUACUAUCGAGACUAUGAAGACCCAGCAUUCCUUUCACGUCUCGGUCAGCAAAUUACUUUCGGUCUCACUUGUCUUUCAUGUUAAAAGUUGUCUUCUCUUUGUUUCAAUUUUUCUUUUCUUUUUUUCUCUCUUUAAAAAAAGAAAAAAAAAGAAAAAAAAAAGAAAAAAAAAAAUUCCUGCUUAUACAGUAGUGUUGUUUGUUCUGUGAUAUAUUGAUUGCAGUGAAAUUUAAAUGCCAAAUUAUAAUCAGUAAACAUUAUUCAGUUCGUUCACAUUGCAAAGCAUACUCUGUGAUAGCAACCACACUAUUUGCACAGAUAAUAAACAGCUUGACCAAAAAAAUUAAUUAAUUAAAUUUUGCACAAAUAUUAGCACACGCAGACACACACACACACACACACACACAUAUAUAUAUAUAUAUAUAUAUAUAUAUAUAUAUAUAUAUAUAUAUAUAUUAUUAACACGCAUAUUAUGAGGGGUACGAUAUUAGCAUGUCUUCCAACUAGCUAAAAUUAAUAUAAUAGGACUACAUCAUGUAGUUUAUGGUUUUACUUAUUACAGGGGUUGCGAUUCUCAACAUGUAGGCCUAUACGAAUUAUAAUUCACUUAGUAUAGUUCCAUAUAAUUUGAAACGUGUGAUAGUGUUAUGUAAUAUAUUUCACGCUUUGUACUUGUUUGAAAAAUGCAAUUCUGUUACAAAUAAGUGCUGAUUUCUCGCUUAGUUCAUAUUCAUGGCACUUUCAGUCAUAUAAAUAUACACAUUUUACAUAUAGGCCUCCUUAGCAUGCAAACACUAGCUAAACUAAUAUGACAGUUUUACAUUUAGAACAACUUGUAAAAUCUACGUAAGGCGCAGAAAGUGAUGACGUCAAACACAUUUCCAAUUUCUACACGAAUGUAUAUAUAUAUAUAUAUAUAUAUAUAUAUAUAUAUAUAUAUAUAUAUAUAUAUAUAUGUGUGUUCUCUUUCGUGUUUGGAAUCGCUGCAUCUCUGGCCAUGUUAAUAAUUUCACAAAUUUUAAUCGAUUCUUAGACAUAAUAACAUGCCCAUGCUAAUUUCGUAUCCACAUAUAUUAUAUAUAGGAAUGGUAAUGUGACAGUCAUGUGACCAAAAUGGCGGGUACCUGUGCAAUACUCUUUGAAAUGUAUCAUAUAUGACAACAAUUUCUUAAUGCUUGCACUCUAUAGUGUUUCAGUGUUCUGUACAAUGCGCUGUCAUAAAAAAUUAAUUAUAAAUUUCCAAAUUUUAUUUGAGUAAAUAAUCAGAGUUUAACCAGAAUACAACUAAGGGAGGGGUGGGGGUAGGGUUGAUUUGAAUCGGAAUCGAAAAUGUGUACGAUUUUAAUUUUUAAUUUUUUUUUUAGUCUUAUUUAUUUUGCACUUGUCUGUUACUGUGUUAGUAAUAUGUAUUGUGUUUUAAUACUAUCUUUGCUCAUGGCUGUUCCACCAAGGAUCACAGGAUGGUGAGGGUGGGUUAGUGAGAUUUUUAAUAUUUUAAAAUUUAUUUUUAAAUUAUACCCCACUGUUAAAGGCAUAUUCGCAAGAGAGUUAACCUGCUAAAUAGGUCUACGUAGCUAUACUUCGGUUAUAUACCAAUGAUAAGCUGAACAUGACGACUAGGAAGGUGUUAAAUAAAGUAUUAUAAUUAAAGUACUAAUUAUUUAACAGCUUCCUAGUCGUCUUAUCAUCGAUGUUUUGGUAUAUAACUGAAUUAGAGCUACGUAGACAUAAAUCAGAAAAGAUAACUUCGUUCAUUUAUAUAGAUUAAGCUAGCUGUUAAGUAUUUGUUUGUGGGGUUAUCGAACGCUAGUUGAAGACCGUACACUUAUUGUAUAUUCAAGUCACGCAUUCCGUGAGACUGUCAAAUACUGUGCGAUCAUGCCUUUUAAAAAAAAAAAAUAAUAAUAAUAAUGAAAACAUCAACAAAGAACACAUUUAUUAGCAUUAAGAUCAUACUGAGAAAAAUCUUCCCCCUAACCGAUAUGACAGUAAUACGAAUUCUACACCGCCCUCUUCCCCCACCCCUUUUGUGAUCCUUUGUGGAACCGCCUAUAUACUGCAUUUACACGGAAUGUAUCGGGAGUAGUGUACUGUAUCUAUAUCCACAUGUCUGUAAACAGAAAACAUUAACAAAACUGCUUAGACUUGUGUCUGCUUCUUUUUCUCGUCUUCAAUAAAGUCUGUAUUCGAAA